AUGACAGACUCGUUCAUAAAUUUUCAGGAUUUUGAUGCAUAUGGUUUUGACUUGGAUCACACCAUAUUGAAAUAUAAAUUAGUCAACGCUUUCAAUCUGUCCUAUGAUUGUGUUACAGAUUAUUUGGUUGAAAAAGGCUAUGAUAAAAGAAUACAACAUGAUCUUGAAAAAUAUAAAGAUUUCAUAUCCAAGGGCUUGGUAUUAGAUAUUGGUAAGGGUAAUAUAAUAAAACUAGGAUCUAAAGGAGAGGUGAUACAGGGUAAACAUGGCACUAAAUCUUUGAGCCAUGAUGAAUUGAUUCAGAUUUAUGGAGAAGAUUUGAAGUUUGAACAUUCUGAUGUUAUUUUUAAAACCAUGCAGAAUAGUGUCAAUUACAGAUAUUUUGAGAAUUAUUUUGAUACCCCAGGUUUAGUUGCUAUGGCCAGAUUAAUAGAUAUAAUUGAUGAAAAGAAAAUGACUUAUGAAGAAGUUUGGAUUGAUGUUAUGAAAGCUUUACAGAAUUGUUACACCUUUCAAGGAUUUAAAUUGGAUACAGGUGGAUUUUUUCCAGCCUUAAAAAAAGAGCCACACAAAUAUCUCGAAAAAUGUAGUGCUGAUGUUAAAAAAUGGUUGAAGAGUUUAAAAGAAGGAAAGAAAUGUGUAUUUUUAGUGACCAGCUCUUAUGUAGAUUUUGCAUCCUUCACAUCAGAAUAUAUAUUAGGCAAGGAUUGGAGGGAAUAUUUUGAUAUAUGUGUAUUUUAUGCCAGAAAACCAAGUUUUUUCUCUGACAAGAAUCCAUUUUUAAGAAUAGAAGGUGACAGUGAAAAAGAACCUGUAACAGAAUUAAAAGUUGGUGGUUUCUAUAGUCAAGGAAACUUUGGCGAAUUAGAUAAAUUUAUUUCGGAUUAUACUGGUAAAAAAGAUCCAAAAGUUGUAUAUUUUGGUGAUAAUAUAUGUGCUGAUUGUUAUCCAUCUAAAACCUAUGCUGAUUGGUCUGCUGUAUUGAUAUUAGAAGAAAUGGAUGCUGAAGGGUAUUUAUGUUCUGAUGGUACUGUUCCUGGUCAUAAACAUGAUGGUGAAUCAAAUAAUAAAAAAGCUAAAUUUGAGGUUAACAUUACUAAUGAAUGGGGCCCAUUUUUAUGUUAUGGUGACCAAAAGGGUACAAAAGUAAUGAAUACAUUUUGGGGCUCAGUCAUUAGUAAAUAUUCCUGUAUAACUGUUCCCAGCUUGGAAUAUCUAUCAGGUGUUCCACUGGAUCACAAGUUUAAAAAGUUCUCUGAAGAAGACGGCAAUAUAGAGGGAUUUCAUCCUGGUAUACCAAGCUCAUUGUUGCCUUGA